GAAAUUUUCUUUGAGCUAGUCAAGAUUGAAGACAAGCAGCUGAGAAAAUUUGUCCUCGCAUCUAUCUCGUCACUUCUGAGAAGAUUCUACACCCAAAAGAAAAAUAUGAAAGUACUAGGGAAAGUGCAGAACUUUUGCUUUGCAAAGAUAAAGGAUUCUCGUGCGAUUGUUGCUCGAGCAGCACAGUUGAUCUGCAUCGAUGCCUUCCGUAAAAAAUAUUGGCGGGACGCUAAGUGUGCUAAUGUGAUUGCCGAGACUUGUUUCCAUAAGCUUCCAAAAAUCCAGGUUACAGCCAUGAAGUUUUUCUUGGGUUCCAAAAAAGAUGAAGAGGGUGAAAGCGAUAUGAGUGAUGAUGACAGCGAGAGUGAAGAGGAGAGAAAAACCAUCAAAGAAGUAAUGACUGCCUUCCGCCAUGCGAAGAAAACCAGGAAGCGAGCGAAAGAUCUUGAAAGAUCUAAGAAGGCUAUAAACAAGAAGAAGAAAGCAAAAAAGGGUACUGCUUUUCUGUAA